AUGGCUCGGAGGGGGGGUGUGAUUCAUCACAUAUUUUCGUUCAUAGAUACUCGAUCUGUCGUUCGAAGUAGUCUUCUAUCUCAAAGCUGGAGAAAUACAUGGAAAUCCCACCCGCAUUUGAACUUUGAGAUUGGGCCAUCUCCCGAUCAGGCAAGUAGCUCUAACUUUCCCAAAUUUGUGCACCGAUUUCUAUCUAAGCGUGAUGACGUUACCGAGCUUUCCACCAUCGAUUUCCGAUCAAAUUCCAUCACUCUUCCGCUUCUCAGAAAGAUCGUAAUCUACGCAAUGUCGCACAGGACGCAAAAGCUAAAGAUUGAAUUCUUGGGUGAUAAGCAAACACGACGUGGUGGAUUCGAUUCAUCUUUGUUUAGAUCUCGAUAUCUCGAACACCUUGUUUUGAGCAUCGAUUUUGGGCUUAAAAUAAGUCCGUCGCUGACAUGGGAUUUUCCGGCAUUGACCACUUUGAGUAUUAAACGUGUUACAUUCACGUUACAACUUCCUAACGGUGAUGCUAGUAGGUCUAUUGAUUUGUUUUCCCGAUUUCCGAAUCUAAAAACUCUUGCGUUGGAUAGUUGUACGUUAUCUAAUAUCGAUACUUUCAUAAUCAAGUCGAGUGAAUUACAGAGUCUAUCGUUGAUAUGUAUUAAUCAAUGGUGUGAGUUUGUAGUCUCAGCACCAAAGCUUUCUUCGUUCACCUAUAAUGGCAUUGCUCGGUUUUUAUUAUCCACUAAAGAUCUUGGUUCAUUAAAGAAUCUCUUUAAAGCAAAGUCUCUUACCUUAAACUUAGACGUCGUGAAGCUUCUUUCUAAGUUUCCGGAAUUGCGUGAAAGAAGAAAUUGCCCUUUCACGAGUUUGCAAAGCUUGACUUUGGUUUCACGCCACCGGCUACCGAAAUCCUUGACUGCGUUUGCCAGUGUUUUCGAUUAUUUCAGUCGCAGCUCUCCCGCACUUAAGGUGGAGAUUCAAAGUCAACAUCGUCAACAAAUUAAGGAUGCCAUUUCUGUAAACGAGCUAAAAGAACCAUUUCAUAUGUCUUUAUAUCUGUCUUACCCCAUACUUGGAUAA